CCGCUCCACUCCCCUCUCUGUCCAGCCAGCGCGCCUCCUCCCUCCCAUUCAUUGCUCGCGCCGCGCCGCGACGCCGACACCUCCUCGCGCUCGGCUCGUCCUCCACACCACCACCUCCCCGCUCGUCCAUGUCGUCCGCCUACGCCUCGCGGCACCGCGGCAGCAGCGGCAUGUCCACGACGACGGUGCUCGCGGCCAAGGUGGCGUUCGCGUCCGCCGCGCUGCUGGCCGCGGCCGCGUCCUUCGCGCGCCUCGCCGUCCCGCAGCUCGUGUCCGUGGCCGGCGCCGUGCUCCCGCGCGCCUGGGCCGUCGCGCGCUUCUGGCUCGUCCCGCCCUACCUCUUCGUCACCGUGCACCUCAUCAUCCUCGUCAUCUGGAAGCUCUCCGACCACAAGCACUUCCAGCAAGCCCAGGCGGCGCACCUCCUCCACAAGGACCCCUGGCCGGUCUCGGUCUCUCAGCAGCACACGCCGCACCCGGCGCCGGCCGCUGUCCCGUCCUCCGACGUGGCUGCCCCCGCCGCCGUCAAGGCCAAGGAGGAGUUCGGUUUCCCGGCCGGGUACGGCGAGCCCCUGGAGCACGAGUUCUCCCCGGACUCCGGCGGCGGCGACUCCUGCGUCACCACGGAGUCCGACGAGGACGCCACUUCCUCCCCAUCCUACGUCACGGACGUCAGGCGUAGCCGGGCGCCGGCGCACCAGCACGCGGUUCUUGAACGGGAACCAUCGCUGCCGUCGCAGACCCUGGACUGCGACGGCGACGGCGGCGACGACGACAUGGACGCCACGUGGAAGGCCAUCAUGCAGAAGACGCGCCCGGCUGCUGCCGCGGCGCCGGCGCCGGCGUCUCCCCCUCCCGCGCAGCAACCGCCGCAGCGGCCGCCGCCGAGGGCGCGGGACCCGUCGGUGGGCGCGGAGGAGAUGAACCGGCGGUUCGACGACUUCAUCAAGAAGAACCGCAACUCCUUCGGGCGGCAAUAGGCGCCCUCCGAUCCGACCCAGCCUCCCCGCCGCAACCGUCCGAUACGUAUAUAGACACAUGCAUCUUUGGUUUUUCAUCUUGGUGUGCCGCCGAAGAGAUCGCCGGAGCGGAGGGAGGCGGGUCGAUCGAAUAUAAUUCGCCAUGCUUAGGUUGCGAAGGUUCUGGAUGGAUUAUUGGAUGGAGGUGCUGUGGCAGUAGCUAGAGAUGACCUUAAUGCGCUGAAAUGAUGGUUUCAGUUGGUACCUGGCUGUUAGAUUCUCCUUUUCAGUUGUUGCCCUUGCUAGCCUGGCAUUUGUUCUUAGCUUUUCCCCUUUUCCUUUUUUUCCUACAGCUCUUUUACUGAUUAUAACAGUGCUAAUUGUGCAAGUUCAUAUAUAUAUGGUGCUAAUACUGGUGAAGUAGUGGGUGUGCCUGUGAUUAUAUAUGAACUGUUGCUACCACAUGGGGUGUGUGUCUGUGUGGGAUAGAGAGAUCCACAUGUCAAUGACCAUACAUGCACUACCUUUGCUCCAUGAUUCUUUCUUAUUUUCAUGGAAUGGUCAUUAGAUGCCUCAUGUUCAA